AAUUAAUACUAACUUCCACAGAAAACUUUCAAAUCAAAUCGAAAAAAAAUCAAAGUCCAAAAAUCAUUUGGCAGAAGUAAACAUACAACUCAACUACUUGCAUACAUAUACCAUAUUUAAAUUAGCCAGUAAACCCUAAUUGGUAUAAAACUUAACUAUAAUUGUACUUACCGAACCCGCUUUAAGAUGUCCUUGACUAACACGGCAUCCAAAAACAUAGUCCAACCAUCGCAGCCAUUUUUGCGCCGCUGCUUAACACUAUUACUAGAACUGAGCUUUCGCACACACCUGCUUAUUUCCAUUGCACUGCGCCUGCUGCUUAUCACCUAUGGCCACUGGCAUGACGCGCACUCCGCGGUGCCUUAUACAGAUAUAGACUAUAAAGUGGUUACAGAUGGCGCACGUCAUGUGCUGAAAGGUGAGACGCCUUUUAACCGGCACACCUACCGUUAUAGUCCCAUUUUGGCAUACAUGCAAAUACCAAAUGUGCUGUUGCAUCCAGUCAUCGGCAAAGUCAUCUACGCUGCAUUUGAUAUAUUUGUAGCGAUACUCAUCUAUAUGCUUGUGCGCCUUCAACUGCAAGUGCAAUGUCGCAAAGCCGUGCACGCUUUGCUGAGUAAAUUUGGUAAAAUAAGGUCGGCACAGCACUACAGCGAAACAGAUGCGCGCAAUCGUCCGGAGAAUAUUGCACGCGCAUCCGCUUGCUUUUGGCUCUACAACCCGCUAACAGCUAUUAUAUCGACUAGAGGUAACGGUGAUAGCUUCUCAAGCUUUUUUGUCAUACUCGCUGUGUAUCUACUAGUCAAGUCGGAGGAUACGGAACGUGGUGCCAAUUGGUUGAUCUUCGCUGCGGGCUUGGUGCAUGGCUUUGCCAUACAUCUGCGCCUAUAUCCGCUGCUCUUUAGCCUCGCCUACUAUCUCUGCUUGUCAACGAGUCUAACACGCAGUGCACGCGAUCUUCUACGGCAACUAAUAUUUCCCUCAUACAAACAGGUGUUGCUAGUUGUGGGCACAUGUGUUGCCCUCUUUGCUGUUACCGGUUUCUUCUACUUCAUCUACGGUUGGCAGUACAUAUAUGAAGCGUAUUUGUAUCAUUUUGUGCGACGGGAUGUGCGACAUAACUUUUCGUUGUACUUUCUGGUGCAAUAUCUGAGCGGAAAUGCGAUGGAAAUGUCACUCGUUGAGAAGUUGUUAAUUUUGGCUCCACAAUUAUUUUUGCUACUCUAUUUGAGCUUCAGCUUUGGCCAAUUUCGACAAACCUUAACCUUCUGUGUAUUUGCGCUGGCGUUUGUUAUGGUAACCUUUAACUCGGUGGUGACUUCGCAGUACUUUGUCUGGUAUCUGGCGCUGUUGCCGCUUUGCCUCAACAAUUUGCAAUCGAUUUCAGUGAUGCGUGCGAUUAGCUACUUUAGUAUGUGGUUGUUGGCGCAGGGACUAUGGCUCUUGCCUGCAUAUCUUUUUGAAUUCAGGACGUGGAACACAUUCUACUGGAUCGGCGCACAAGGUGUUUUAUUCUUCUUAAUCAACAAUUAUCUAUUAAUGCGGUUGAUUGAACACUAUAGCUUUACAUCAUUUAAGGUGAACUUCAAAAAGCUAUUCUAAUCGCAUGCAAAUACAAAUAUAAAAAUAUUAAAACCAAAUAUAAAAAUAAUACUUACUUAUUUGCA